AUGGAAUGGGUUCAGAACCGAUUUGUAAGUCAAAAACAAGCUAAGGCUCACAUUCAGACAAAAUUUACAGACAUUCCCUUUGAGUUUUCUUGAAGUCACAAUACUGAUUAGCGCAACAAGUGCCUGGUUUUGGAAUUUUCUGAAAAUUUCCACAUUUUAUCUCGGGUAUUUUCCACAAGAUUUGUUGAGACAAUCGAUAAGUUCCGACAAAAUCUGUCCUUUCGCAUUGGAUUCCGAAGUUGAUGGCCUCUACGUCCGCGACUUCACUCAUCAUGAUCUCCCCGGCGAACUUCUUGCCGCAAAAAUCGCAACAUUCCUCGACUUUGCCGAAACUCCCGAAAUUAUUCUGAAAUUCAUAGUGGAUCAAAUGAAAAUCUCGCAUCUUUUCAACGAAGUUCUAAUUUCGCCAAGAUUUUUGGCAGUGUUUUUCAUGAUUAUAUUCGCCAUAAUUUUGAUCGAUUAUUUCAUAGUCGGAAGGAUAUCUGGAGAAUUUAUUGAAGAUUAUCAAAAAUUAAUUGAAAUUGAGAGAGAGGAAACUGAAACUAUGCAAACAUUUUCAAGAAAAUUCUUCGGUGAAAAAGUGCUGGUUUUGGGAUUUGUGAUAAGUCAAAACUUCAUCGACAUUUCACAUUUCACGUGAGUUUUUGAGUUUUUGAAUUUUGAAAUUUUUUCACCGCAAAAAUUUUAAUUUUCAGACCGAAUCUCAAAGAUUUCUCAAGUUUUGUGAAUUCCAAAUUCUCAUCAGCUUCAAUAACCGGAGAUUCGACGAUUUUUGCGAUUUGGUAUUGCUUCGUAUUUUUCGUGUUUUAUGUCACACAAUUGAUUCUGAUGCGAUUUGUGUUGGUGAGGUUUUGAGAAAAAAUUGAAAUUUGAAAUGAAAAAUGAAAAUGCCACGUGGAAAGUUCACGUUUGCACGUUGGAAAAUUACGAAUUUUAUGAUUUUUUUCAUUUUCAAAUUGAAAGCUACUCAAAAUUCAAAAGUUUGAAUGUUUGAAAAAAAGUUAUGACGUGGAAAAAUUUUUGUUCAAAAUUAAAAAUGAAAAUUCUAAAUUUUCACAGCAAAGUUCACGUUUUUUGAAAAAAUAUCGACUUUUGCGUUUUCAAAUUUUCAAUUUUCAUUUAAAGACACAUCAGCCACUAGAAAAAACAGAUUUCCCGCUUUUAUUUUCAAAUGACAAAAACAGCAUGUGCGCUCUAUUGCUUCGUUGUGUGCACACACUUUCGAAAUUUCCGUCGGCUGAGCGAUUUCAAAAACAAUUAUUUUGUUUUUUUCACUUUUGCCAGACUCAAAAUUUUUCUUGAUUUUUAUGAAUUCCGAUUACUUGAAAGAUGUUAUGAAAGAAUAACAAACUCAAUUUCUGUUCAUUUCUAGUGGAUUGUGUGUCUUUAAAAAAAGUUAUGAUGUGGCAAAUGUUCAGGGUUCUGAAAAAAUUUUUUUGAACGAAAUUUCGAUUCAAAAAAUGUCAAAAAUUAUAUUUUUUUCCACACAAAAAUAGAAAUUUGAAAAUAUUUCAAUGAAAAAAGUGUUAAAAAAUAUGGUUUUUUGACAUUCGAAUUUUUUUGUCAAAAUUUUUUUUUAUUGAUUUUUUUUGCCACGUCAUAACCCUUUUCCCCUUUUUUUCAGACCCUUAAAAACGGCCAAAUCAAGCAUCGCAAUCUCUUCUCGAAUCCUCCAAUUAUUUGCACAUCAUUCCUAUUGCUCAUAUUAUUCACAUUUUCCUCAUUUAUCUAUGGAAUUUCACUUAUGGCUUUCAAUUUUUUGAACACCAAAUAUGCCGCGAUUUUGAUCAUUGAUGUGAGUUUUUUUCAGCGGAAAGAUUCCGCGUCGUUUUCCGCGCGGAAAAAUCAAAAUUUUCUCCUUCCAGGCUUUCCAAUGUUGGAUUCGUUGUGCCUACACUCUACUUCGUGUAACUCUCAUAAUCUCAACCUCAAAAAUCACCACCGACUCCGAAAUUCUCCUAAAAUGCGGAAAUUCGCAACGAAAAUUAGAAAUUUGCAAAAUUUUCUAUGAAAAAAUCGCACACCUUCUCUAUAUUCUACAGUACUCGUUAUACAUGGUGAGUGCAGCUUUUUUCGCGUCAAGGAAAUAUCGAUUGACGCAUUGUUUUGCAGGUUGUUGGAAUUACGAUAACUCAAAAAUUUGCGUCGAUUUUGUUUUUUCGAAGAUUGGCCAAAAAUAUUCGAAUGUUUUUUGAGACCAAAUUUGAAGAGGAUUUGGAUUUGGAUAAAUUAAUAUGA